CAGCUGGAAGCACUGCAGUAAUAAAUGAACAGAAAGAGCGCUUCUUAUACACUUUAUAAGUUAGGUCCUCACUUUAAUUAUUAAUUAAUUGUUUAAAUAUUUCAUAUGUUAAAGACGUCUUUAAUAUACGUCGCUACCACAGUUCAUGUUGCUGAAUGUUUAAAUUAAUUAUCAUAGUUUUAAAUGUAGUAAUUUACUCAGUAAAUCUUACCUCGUUUUUUGAUAAUUAAUUGUAAUCUAAAAUGGCUGCUUCAAACUACCAGCCAUACACUAUCGAUUCAAAUAUCAGCAGGUUGGACGCAGACAAUUUCGUGACAUUUUCUUUGAAUGGAAAAGUUCAAAAAGUGUGGGGUCUCCCAGGAGGAACCACCCUCCUGCAGUACAUCCGGGAUGUUGCCCAACUAAAGGGCACCAAGUACAUGUGUCGCGAGGGCGGCUGUGGUUCCUGCAUCGUCAACCUUACAUUUACUGAUCCUGUCACAGGCCUUGACAAGUCCUUUGGUAUCAACUCAUGCCUUUACGCCCUAUAUUCAUGUCAAGGAAUGUCCGUGACUACCAUAGAAGGGAUCGGCAGUAAACAGAAAGGCUACGAUCCUGUCCAAUGUCGCCUUGCCAACUUCUACGGCACUCAAUGUGGAUACUGCUCUACGGGCUGGGUUAUGGCAAUGUACAGCUUGCUAAGAUCCGAUAAUACCAUGAGCAUGAAACAGAUAGAAGACUCGUUUGGGAGCAACAACUGCCGCUGCACAGGUUACCGACCUAUCCUGGACGCUUUCAAAAGUUUUGCGCAGGACAGUUCUCUGGAGUUGCAGAAUAAAGUUGCUGACAUUGAGGACUUGCUAAAACAAUGUAAGAAUGGUCAAGGCAUAUGUAGAAAUCAAUGCAAGUUGCCAUAUCCAUGCACAGAAACUUCCAUGGAACCUAGAGACGCUGUUGAGGAUGAUGAUGAGCGAGAUUUUGUAGAGCUGGCUCUGUCUCCUGGGAAGAUUCGAUUGACUGAUGGACCUGGAGCGUGGUAUAGGGUUACAUCUGUGAAAGAGAUUUUCGAAAUAUUCACGAUGAUCAAAGGCACUUACAUGUUGAUCGCAGGGAACACUGCUCAGGGAGUUUUUAAGGAGAAAUACUCUCCGCCUCCUGAAGUAUAUAUUGACAUCACCGGAGUAAAAGAACUAAAGUUCCACAUUAUCAAUGCUGACGGAGUUCUGGUGUUGGGAGCCAAUAUGACCCUCACCGACACAAUAGCUCUGUUUCGUGCUGUGGCGGCCGAGAGACCUGCUACUUUCGGUUACUUGAAGGUGUUGGCAUACCAUAUGACCAAGGUGGCCCAUAUACCAGUCAGAAAUAUUGGCACUUUAGCUGGUAACCUCUCAGCUAAGCAUAGGUGCCCCAGAUUUCCCUCUGACUUGUUUACAAUAUUCGAAACUGUUGAUGCUCACUUGAUGAUAGAAAAUGAAGACAGCCUAAGUAAAAUAACAUCACUUCCGGAGUACCUAGAAAUGAACAUGUACAAGAAAGUGAUCACCCGUAUUUUAUUCAAACCUUUGGAUAAAUCUUACUAUGUCAGGACCUACAAGGUUAGCAGAAGAGCCCAAAAUGACCACGCUGUCGUCAAUGCUGGAUUUUGCUUCCGGUUGGAUAUAACUAAACAUUACAAAGUCAUAUCCACGCCAAGGAUUGUAUAUGGAGGAAUAAGACCCAAUUUUAUCCACGCGGUUCUUACAGAGGCCUUCUUUGGCGGCAAGAAUUUUCUAAACACUGCCACACUGCAGAAGGCGUUGUCCAUUCUCUGCAAGGAAGUGGUGCCCGACCGGAAGUUGCCCGAAGCGUCUGAGCAGUAUAGGCGUUGUCUAUCUCUAUCUCUAUUCUACAAGUACGUUUUGAGCUUGAAUCCAUCUGUCGUCAACCCAAGAUUUCGAAGCGGACCUGCAGAUAUCGCAAGACCUUUGUCGUCUGGGAAACAAGAAUACUUCAGUGACCCUUCAGAAUAUCCGCUGACCCAGCCUCUACCUAAGAUCGAGUCUCUCAUACAGUGUUCAGGUGAGAUUGAGUAUACAAACGAUAUUCCUACUGCAUCCACAGAGUUGUACGCCUCUCUUGUUCUGUCAGAUCGGGGGCCAGCAACGCUUGUUGGAAUAGACCCUCUCCCUGCUUUGGCAAUUCCUGGAGUAGUUGCAUUUUUCUCAGCCAAAGACAUACCAGGAAUGAAUACUUUUGUAGAGAUUAAUACCCGGCAUUUUCUGUACCAAUACGAAAAGCUGUUUGCAGACAAAGAGAUACAAUGUGCCGGCCAGGCUGUGGGGGUGUUGUUGGCAACAAAUCAGGACUUGGCUGACUUUGCUGCCGAGAGGGUUGUCAUCAAAUAUGCUAAUGCCAGAAAACCAUGUCUAUUUAUUGAAGAUGUUCUGAGAGCAGGCGAUAAAAAACGCUUAAAAUACGUAACAUCAAUAAAACCUACAGCAGUAAAACCGGAUGUAGAAUAUAUAAUCAGCGGAACUUUCUCCGAUCAGAAUCAAUACGUUUACUACUAUGAAACUCUAACUUGCGUAGUCUACCCCAAAGAUAACAACAAUUUAGACGUUGUAUGCCCGACCCAAUGGCCCGCCCAAAUCCAGGAAGGAAUUGCGAAAAUGCUCAACAUAUCUCAUAACAGGAUAAAUGUACAAGUACAGCGCUGUGGUGGAGCUUUCGGGGGCAAAGUGUCCAGGCCUGGUAUACCAGCAUGUGCUUGUGCUUUAUCAGCGUAUCUCCUUCAAAGGCCUGUAAGGACUGUUAUGCCGUUAGAACCAAAUAUGAGGCUUGACGGCGGCAGAUAUCCAACGUUUUUAGAGUAUGAGGUGGGAACCAACAAUGAGGGAGUGAUACAGUAUAUGAAAGCAAAGUUUUAUGUUGACAAAGGGAUAACCUAUAACGACUCGUUGACAACGAUGAUUCCCACUUUCUACAAGAGCAUAUAUGACAGCAGCUGUUGGGAUGUAGACUUUACCGAUGUACUCACUGACAAGGCUACCACAACUUUUGCCCGAUCUCCAAGUGGUUUAUCGGCGGUGGCAUCCAUAGAGCAUAUCAUGGAGCAUAUCGCCUUUACAGUGAAGAAAGACCCUGUAGUAGUGAGACUAAACAACGUAAAAGCUGACAGCCCAAUACCGGAAUACGUGGCAGAGCUCAAGUCUAAAUCUGACUACGACGCUAGACUUCAGAGUUGCAGAGACUUUAAUAUGGCAAACCAGUGGAAAAAGAGGGGAAUUUCUUUAGUUGCGAUGAAAUUUGAUGUGGCAUUUGUCGGAGAAUUUCAUGCCCUACUCAGUAUAUACCGAGUAGACGGGACAGUGGCGAUCUCUAUAGGUGGUAUAGAGAUGGGACAAGGAAUUAACACUAAGGUGUGUCAGGUGGCAGCUCAUGUUCUGGGGAUACCUCUUGUGUACAUCCAAGUGAAGACAUCUAACAACCUGAUCUCUCCCAACGACCCUUUCACGGCAUCUAGCUGCACAACAGACAGUGUUUGUUUUGCUGUGCGGAAGUGUUGUGAAGAGAUAAACUCCAGACUCACCCCUCUGCGAGAGUCCCUGGGACCGGAUGUUACUUGGCCUGUUCUUACUCAGGCAGCCUACGAAGCGAAGAUAAAUCUGAAUGCUACUUACAUGUUUGUUGCUGAACGAGAUCUCAGGGACUAUUCACUUUACGGGACGGUUGUAACAGAAGUGGAGUUAGACUGCCUCACCGGCGAACACAGGGUUACUAGAGUCGAUAUCUUACAAAACACUGGCAAUAGUUUGAAUCCUUACAUAGACAUAGGACAGAUAGAGGGAGCUUUUGUUAUGGGGUUGGGACAUUUUACCUCUGAAGAACUCAUAUACAAUAGAACAACGGGUCUUCUGACCACAGACCGUACAUGGGACUAUAAAGUGCCAGGAGCCAAAGACAUACCAGAAGAUUGGCGUAUAUAUUUCAAGAAAGAUCCCAACAUUCCACCAACUGGUGUAUAUGGUUCAAAGUCUCAAGGAGAACCUUCCAUUUUGUUAUCUUAUUCUGUGGUUAUCGCGCUCCGUAGAGCCAUAGAGUCUCUCCAUCGGGACGUAGGACAACCUUGUGUCUUCUUUAACGAUGAACCUCCUUGUACUGUGGAGAAGAACUUCCUGAGAUGCAACACUAAGAUAGAAGAUUACACUCUUUAGGAUAAACAGUAAAUGGUUCUAAGUUUCUAUUGUAUUAAUUCUGUCGUUUUAUGUAACUCUCACAUUCUUGAUGGCUUAAGAAUCAGUAAUUUUCGGUAAAAAUUAAACAACAUUGAUGUAUAUUUAUGUUUCAAUUAAAUUCAAUGUAAAGAAUUGUAA